GUGUGGGGAGAGUCAGAGCAUUUCAACAAAGUCUGACUAGUGUUAUUACUAUAUAAUUAUCUAAUAUGGUGAUGUUUCCCUCUGGGUUUCAGGUUUGGAGAUGGAUGUUUUUUGCCUAUUUUCACUGGCUUUGUGUGUGUCAAGAUAUGCAAGAAAAGCCAAGGCCGUGCUACCUAGUAACUAUCCCUGAAAACAUGAAGGCAGGUUUGAAAACCAAGGUUGUUGCCAGUCUUUUGCACCCCACCCUUAUGCAGGAGACCCUGCAUAUGACCAUAUCGCUGAUUGAUGAUGGACAGAGCACAAUCCUCUUUCAGAAGAGUUCUGACCAAGAUUUUCACCUUGGGUUCCAGUUUCAGGCCCCUCAGGUGCAGGAAAAGAAGGUAGUGAAGUUUAAGGUGGAGGUUCGUGGUGAAACAUUUCUAUCAUCAGAGGAGCGAAAGAUCACGAUUUUACCAUUCAGAAAGAUGACAUUUGUUGAAAUGGACAAACCAGUAUACCACCCAGGACAAAUAGUGCAUUUUAGAAUCAUCUCCUUGGAUAUAAAUUUUACACCUUUGAAUGAGUUGUACUCAGUGGAGCUUGAGGAUGUAAAUGGUAACAGGAUUGGACAGUGGUUAAACACCACAUCCAGAGGCAACAUUCUACAGCUUUCUCACCCCUUGAACUCUGAAGCACCUGAGGGAAAAUAUACCAUAACUUUUUGGAUUGAUGGGGAAAGACAUUACCGUAAUUUUCAGGUACAACAGUACGUUUUGCCGAAGAUUCAGAUUGAAUGUUACCUUGGCAAUUGGAUCAGUGCUGGUCAAGAGGAGUAUAAAGUGAAAGUGUGUGCAAAGUACACGGAUGGCCAGCCUGUCAUGGGUAAAGCUGAGGUAGAGUUGUGUCGGCCCAUGGGCGGCUUAUUCUCAGAAAUUUCUCAGAAACAUUGUCACAAAGAAACAGUAGAGAUGGACCAAACUGGAUGUGUCUCUCAUGUCUUUAACCUGUCAACUUUCUUGGACGAAAGCAAGAAAAUGUUCUCUGAUGUAUUUGUAUUUAAUACAAAAGUAGUGGAGCAGGGAACAGGUAUUACAAGAGAUGAAAAAAUGCACAUCCAACUUUUCUACAGCAUAGGAAGGCUCUCAUUUCUCGACACACCCAGAACAUUUAAACCUGGGUCAAUUGUUGAAGGCAAGAUUAAAGCUGUUCACUUCAAUGACACGCCUAUAUCCAACAUGUCAGUUUAUCUGCUUAAGUGGUCAUCAGAACAUCUACCGAACCUAACCACAGACAUUCAUGGUAUCGCCAGUUUCUCCCUCAACACAACUGAAAUGCCUCAAGAGUAUCUUCAUCUCAGGGUAAGCAGCAAACCAGACUUGAUAUAUGAAGGAGACAGGGUCCCAUAUAUUGUAUCAGGACAGCAUAGCCUUUCAGCGAUGCGGCCUGCAGCCCCUCAAAGGAUAAAGUCUAGCUACCUGGAAAUUCAGGGAAUAGACAAAACACUGGCAUGUGGACAGGAUGUAUCCAUCACCGUCCGCUACAAAUUUGAAUUCAAGACCGUCCCAGUGGGCUCUGUUGAUGUCAUCUACCUGGCCUUAUCCAGAAGGGCGAUAGUUGAUCAUGGAUACAGGAAGGUUAUCGUUCAGGACAGUUCUGUAACGGAGGGUGAAGUCACCUUAGAUCUGGGAGUGGUUCCAGAGAUGGUACGGACGUUACAGAUCCUUGUGUAUAGUAUGUUACCCAGUGGGACUGUCAUCGCCCACAGCAUGAACUUCCCGACUGAGAAAUGCUUCAGAAACAAGGUGUCAGUGGAGUUCUCUCCCUCCAAUGCAGUUCCAGGGGAGAAGAACACCCUGCAGCUCUCUGCCCUGCCUGGUUCCCUGUGUGGCCUCAGUGUAGUGGACAAGAGACUGAAAGCAGGCCAGAUAUUAGAUUAUGAUUCAGCCGCCUUGUACGUUGGCCCCGAUCUUUCAGAUUGUGUGCCGAUGCAUCCAAGCAGGUACAUGCAGCCCUACCUGGAAACGGAUCGGGACAAAAUCACUGCUUAUAGCGUUUUUAAGGAUUUGGAACUAGAGAUGGCAACUAAUCUGGAUGACAGAGUACCUUCCUGCAUAAUAUACAAGGGCAAAUUAUAUGAGAAAUCUGGAAAUACACAGUCAAUCAAGAAGUUCUGGUUUACAGUGGAGCAAAAUUAUAAUCGACCCACAGAGACAGUGCAUAAAUUCUUCCCUGAGACGUGGAUAUGGGACCUUGUGGAAGUAGGGGAGUCUGGAUCAGCAGACGUGUCUCUGACAGUCCCAGAUACCAUCACCAACUGGACGACAGAGGCUUUCUGCCUGGCCCCCGGUGGGUUUGGUCUGGCUCCCCCAGUGGAGCUCAAUGUCUUCCAGCCCUUCUUCCUGGAGAUCACCCUGCCCUACUGCAUCAUCCAGGGAGAGAACUUUGACCUGAAGGCCACUGUCUUCAACUACCUGUCCAAGUGCAUCAUGGUUGCAGUGACUCCAGCUCCCUCAUUGGACUACACUCUCACACCCUUGAAUGACAUCCAGUACUCAUCAUGCUUGUGUGCCAAUGAACGAAAGACCUUCAGCUGGACAAUGUCACCCUCUGUCCUUGGGGUUUUGAAUGUGACCAUUAGUGCAGAGGCUGUCCAGUCACAUGCUGCUUGUGACAAUGAGAUUGUGAGUGUACCAGAGAGAGGACGCGUUGACAUAGUCACACGGAGCCUGCUAGUGAAGGCUGAAGGAACUGAAGAAACUGAAACCUACAACUGGUUGCUGUGUCCAUCUGGAGAAGCUCUGACAGAGGAGGUGAAACUGCAACUGCCCAUGAUUGUGGUGAAAGGAUCUGCUCGAGCUUCGCUGUCAGUCUUGGGGGACAUCCUGGGCCGCGCCCUCAAGAACCUGGACGGACUGUUGCGGAUGCCAUAUGGGUGCGGAGAGCAGAACAUGGCGCUCCUUGCCCCCAAUAUCUACAUCCUAGAGUACUUGAGGAACACAGAGCAGCUCACCUCAGCCAUCAGAGACAAGGCCACCAAGUUUCUCACUAGUGGUUACCAAAGGCAGCUAAACUACAAGCAUUCAGACGGGGCCUACAGCACUUUUGGACGAGGAUCUGGAAACACGUGGCUGACUGCAUUUGUCUUCAAAAUCUUUAGCAAAGCACGGUCCUUUAUCUAUAUAGAUUACCCAAAAAAUAUGGAAACCAUGACAUGGUUGCAAAAGAAACAAAAAGAAAAUGGCUGUUUCAUGAAACUUGGGGAGCUGUUUAACAACCGAAUAAAGGGUGGGGUGACUGAUGAAGUAACUCUUACAGCCUACAUAACUGCCUCAAUGCUGGAGCUCAACAUGUCAGUUUCAGAUCCUGUUGUGAACAGCAGCUUGUCUUGUCUGAGGAACUCCACCAGUGAUUUGUCCAACACCUACACUACUGCUCUGCUAGCCUACACCUUUACCCUGGCAGGAGACAUGGAGAUGCGGACGCUGCUUCUGCAGCACCUGGACAAGAUGGCUUUACAAAAGGGUGGUCUCCUGCACUGGACCCAGACCUCCUCAGAGACCUCAGCCUCUCUGGCAGUGGAGAUCAGCUCCUAUGUUCUGCUGGCGUCCCUCAGUGCCUCCCCUCUGUCUACCGCUGAUCUGGGCUACUCCUCCCGCAUAGUCAGGUGGUUGGUGAAGCAGCAGAACUCCUAUGGUGGCUUCUCCUCCACACAGGACACAGUGGUGGCCCUCCAGGCCCUGUCUCUGUACUCCACCAAGGUGUUCAGUAAAGAGGGCUCCAGCACAGUGACAGUAAAAUCUCCCAGUGGGGGACAGCAUGUCUUUGAUGUGAACCAGAACAACAAGCUUCUCUACCAGGAGCGCCAGCUGCAGGAGGAUGUGGUUGGGAAGUACACUGUGGAGGUGAAGGGCAGUGCUUGUGCCUCAGUACAGCUGUCACUGCAUUACAACAUCCCUACUCCUAAAGUUGGCACAUCGCUCAGCAUUCAGGUCAUACCAGAAGUUGAGUGCAACAGCGACACUAAGAGAAAAGUCAAGCUGUAUCUUCAAUUCCAGUAUGGAGGAAAAGAACAGAGCAGCAAUAUGAUUAUAGUGGAUGUGAAAAUGUUAUCUGGCUUUUCCCCUGUCCCAGAAUCCUUGAAAGAGGUGAAGGAUUCCCUUCUUGUGGAGCGUGUCGAUAACAAAGAUGACCAUGUUUUACUGUACUUGACAGGGUUACAAUCAGCCGUGCCUCAAAACUGCAGCCUAGACAUCAUACAGAAGUUUCCAGUAAAGAAUCUAAAAUCAGCUGUGGUCAAAAUCUAUGACUACUACCAGCCAAGUGACCAGGCUGAGACAGAAUAUGUCUUCCCAUGUGCUGUUGAUACAAGUAGAAAAUGAAGAAAGUGGAAUGCAUUGUGGAGCGUUACCCCUUUGGUUGAAUUUGUGUCAUUUUAAACACACAGCUGGAAAUGAAUUUACUUAUUAAAACCUUAUCCC